CCCUUCGGUUUGGAAGAGAAGAAGGAGAAGGGGAGAGGAGAAAUUCAGGCACCAAACACCGCUUCGAUCGUCUCCGUCUGCCGAUGUGAACAAGAGGAGAAGGGAGAGAAAUGUGAAGAUGAGAGGAGGUGGAACAAUGAAUUUAUAGCGGAAUGCCAUCCUGCAAUGGCAAUUUCAACAAUUCGUCACUGCAGGCUGCCUCUUAAAGGGAGAGCUUCAAAACCACCACUCCCACACUUCCUUCUCAUUUAAUCAGACAGAGAAACUUGAGGGGCGGGAGGAGGAGAAAGGAGAGAGAGGGAGCGAGGGAGAGGGAGGCAGGAGGGAGGAAGCCGGGGAGGGGAGAGACCGGCAGAAAAUGUUUGUGUCUGAAAAACGCCGCGUUUCCUUUGGAUCACUUAAAGCCGCAGAGACGCACGGUGUGCGAUACUUCGCGAGCGAUCACCUCGCGUUCUGCCAAGUUCUCCCUCCGCUGCAGCGCGGGCUGGGAGCUGCGGGGCUCGGAAAGGAGGGAGCGUCCGGCAGCGCUCCGGGAGAGUUCUGGCCCCUCGCUGCCCCUCGCUGCCCGAGGGUUCUGCCCCCGUCCAGGGGUAGCGGCGGCGGCACCGGCCUUCCUCCCUUUGUCCGGCGGCCCGCAGCUCCCAGCCUGUCAUUAAGGGUCGGCAAGCUGUCAUCUCGCUGCGGCGGGCUGCCAUUAGCCCGAGCGCCCGAGGAGGAGGAGGAGGAGGGAGGGCGGGGGAGAGUUAAUGCUCUCCGUGACCUUACGAGUGACUUCAGAUGCUCGGCUCACCCCCCGCUGACCGACACGCGCACCCACGCGCUCGGUCCCCUCUCCUUCCUUCCCCAUCCCCGCUCCCGACGGGGACACCGCAAAGGGCAAAUGUCCGGGUGCACUUUGUCAUCGGCUCUUUCCACGCUGACACUGCCCGCAGGCAGAGCACAGAAAUCCCCGCUGUUUUCUCUUCCUUGUGCUUUUGAGUCUCGCGGAGACGAGCGCCCGGAGCAGGUGCUCUCUGGCUGCAGGAUGCACGGAGGGAUGCGGCUUCCCCGCCUCCUCCCAGCCGCUAUCAGCACCGCAACCCUCCGCGGCACGCACCGAGCGAUGCGCGCACCGGCACCGCGCUGAGUGGGACAGCGGUGCUGCGCUGCGCAAAGAGCAGCUCAGAGGGAGAGCGUUGAACGCUGCUCUCAGAGUCCCAUGCGCUUCUGUAAAGAAUGGGUUAACUCACACCACGAGCGCUUCGCAAAUUAAUAUUCCCGGGUAAAUUACGCAUUAACAUAUGCCCGAUCUGUAAUUAGAUCGCCCUGAGGUUAUGCUUAUGAAAUAUUUAACGUACCGAAGGUUUGCAGGUGUUCUUUAUUUCUUUUU